AUGUCGAGGUAUGGCGCAGUAAGUACACAAGAAGAUAAGGCAGAAGUAGAAGCGCAUUCAUCAAUCGGUCGACAAUUAGCGACGAUCAGUGAUAAUAGUAGUUCUGAAUCACUCAGAACUCCAACCCAAGAAGCAUCUCUUAUGGGAGAACGAUCAAGAAAACCUUCUGCUGCAACGGAUGAAGCCAUGCCCGAUUCUCUGCCUGGUUCUGGUUCAACGACUGCAUUCAACACUACCAACAUACCUCCAAUUCCAUCCAAGCCUCGACACAGGCCAAAUUCUGUCUCUUUUGUGUUUGGACCGCACAGUUCAAGGUGUUGCUUGAAUCUUGGAACACUUAUUGCUCUGAUUGUCGGCGUCUUACUCAUGUUUAUGGGUUAUCCAAUGUUUUACGAAUUUUUUAUCAAACGAAAAGAGGGCAACAAAGGCGGCUUUAAUCUUGGGGGUGUGAACAUGACUGGACAAGUUCCCGAUCUUUCUCAACUCGUAUCUGUUCGAAAUGGCUUGAUCGAUCGUGAUACACCACAGAACGUAUACAGAAUCAAGAAUAUGGGAAGGAAUAGCGAUGAAACCUGGAAUCUGGUUUUCAGUGAUGAAUUCAACACAGAUGGAAGAUCAUUUUAUCCCGGUGAAGAUCCUUUUUGGGAAGCUGUUAACUUGUAUGCACAUGGUACAGCUGAUUUGGAAUGGUACGAUCCUGCAGCCGUAACGACAAAAGAUGGUGCUUUACUUAUUACAGCUUCCAAUAUGGAGAUCAACAACCUCAAUUAUCGAAGUGGUCAAGUCACAUCUUGGAAUCAAUUCUGCUUUACAGGAGGUUAUCUGGAAGCCGCUGUGAUCUUGCCAGGUGAUCCGGAUGUCAGUGGAUGGUGGCCUGCAAUCUGGACGAUGGGCAAUUUGGGAAGGGCAAACUACGGCGCCACGACAGAAGGAACAUGGCCGUUCUCGUACGAUACGUGUGAUAGAGGUACAUUGAUCAAUCAAACUGACCCAGACGGAUUAGGUCCCCCAGCUGCCAUCACAUCUGGUAAUGUACCUUUCAACGGAAUCUAUAAGACAAAGAAUCUUUCUUGGCAACCGGGUCAAAAGUUGAGUGCAUGCACUUGUCCGGACGAUGAUCAUCCUGGACCAAAGCAUUCAGAUGGAUCGUAUGUUGGUAGAAGUGCUCCUGAACUGGACCUGUUUGAAGCGCAAGUGAACGGUGGAGAAGGAUCUCUUUCCCUUUCGUGUCAAUAUAUGCCCGCAACGGAAGGAUACAACCUUCUCAACACGACCGGCACAGAAUAUGUUUUAGGACAUACUAAUGCCAACGAUCGAGUCCAAUUGAAUUCGUAUCAAGGUAGUGUCUUACAAAUGGCAGCAUCUGCAGUAGCAAAGACGAAUCAACAAUCCUAUCAAAACGCUGGAGGAACGUUUAGUGUUUGGGGUGUUGAAUACGAACCUGGUCCGAAUGGUUGGGCAAGAUGGUACAUGGACGGACAAGAAGCUUGGACAUUGUAUUCAUCGGCAUUAGGAUAUGAUCCGCUUGCUGGAGUUUCACAAAGACCUAUGCCGGAUGAACCGAUGUAUAUUAUCAUGAACUUGGCCAUCUCUCAUGGUUUCGGCGCUAUUGAUUGGGAUCGAAUUACGUUCCCUGGAACAAUGCAAGUGGAUUAUGUUCGUGUUUAUCAAGCAAAGAAUAAACAAAAUAUCGGAUGUGAUCCACCAGAUAGACCGACAAGCGAUUACAUUAAUCGUCAUUGGGAAGCAUACACCAAUCCUAAUUACACUAUUUGGGGCGGUGAUCGAAGUCAUGGAGGAUAUGGGGCAUUAUGGCCUCGGAAUAGGCUUUACAACGGUGGGGAUGGAUGUUCGGAACAGCCUAGAAAUUAUCCUGGUCGUUUCAGACCAAAUGGGUAUGGACAAGGACCUUACACGACUGUGCCAUACGAAUACAGAGGAGUUGGUAAUAAUUGGCAAUAAAAUCAAACGCGAUUUUAUGAUAUUCUUUCAUGUUCGAUAUAUACUCUACCUGCUUUAUGUUCCAUCUUUACGGACUUUUGAUUCGUAUUCUUUAUAUUUUGGUGAAUGCAAUGACAAAAAGAUG